UGUCACGCCUGACGUUACUAACCCGCCUCUGGUAUUUGCAGUCCGACGCAUUCGAUUGCUUCCACCUCGUUCGAUGAACAUCACAAUAAUUCGAUCGAUGCGAUGCGUUUCCAGACACAGCAACAACAACAACAACAACCACUACAACAGCAGCUACAACAACCACUACAACAACAGCAGCCACAACAACAAAUGGUUAGCGGCAAUGCUGCAUUGGGAGGAAUGGGUAUGGGGGUAAGCGCUGAUUUAGGUGUUGGCGCGCCAGUAGUUAUGCUGCCAGAUGCAAAUGCAGCGGCUGACACCACACCACCAGCACUAAAUAACAUCCACGCCACACAUUUGACUAACAACGAUUACACGGCAACGGAUGGCUGCGCAGAUGGCGCUCAGUCAGCGCCGGUCUUACAUUCGAUGCCUAGCGCCGACUUGCCGCUUGCGGUGCCAAUUUACAACAGCGUAGCUCCCGAUACAAGCAUUCAAAGCUAUGUAACAACUCAAUCACAACUGCCACAGUCCUUGCCCGAUAGUGGCACGUUAUUUCCACACUUGACGCCAACCCUACCAACAGUAAGUACCGCGACUGGUGGUAUAGGCAAUAUGAGUGCCACUAACUACCUGCAACUAACGCUCAGUCAGCACCAUCAGCUUGCCCAGCUGCAAAUGAAUAGCAAUGGCAUAAUGCAGCUACCUCCGCUACCGCCGCUGCCGUCUUACAACACAGCCGCUCAGUCGCCGUUGCCACCGCCAUCGCUGCUGCCGCCCGCCAGCGCCAUUAGCACUUCGCCACAACCCUCUGCAUUGCUACCGCUCAUAAUGCCGCCAACUUCCAUUACAGCGCUGAGCCAGCAGCAACAACAACAGCUGCAGCAGCCACAACUAUCACCGCUAAUGCAGUCAUCGAUUAUGUCGCCGCAGCAAAGCAGUAACCAUGCACCCACAGCUGCCAUGCAGUCGCCACGUGCCAGCACACCUACUUUGCACUCGCCGCAAACGAUGGGCUCCUACUCGCAGUCACAGUCGCCGGCAGCGCAUCAGUUUGGUGCGCUCUCGCCAAUGAGUCAAUGUGGCACACCUCAGCCAUUGGCGCCGCCGCCCUUGAACAUACACGCCGUUCAAGAGGCGAAGGAGAAGCUGAAGCAAGAGAAAAAGGAGAAGCAUGCAACGAAGAAGCUCAUAAAAGAGUUGGCUAUCUGCAAGACAUUGCUAGGGGAAAUGGAGCUGCAUGAAGAUUCGUGGCCAUUUUUAUUGCCAGUAAAUACUAAACAGUUUCCGACCUACCGUAAGAUUAUUAAAAAUCCCAUGGAUUUGUCCACAAUCAAGAAACGCAUACAGGACUUAACCUAUAAAAGUCGUGAAGACUUUUGCGUCGAUGUGCGCCAAAUAUUCGAUAAUUGUGAAAUGUUCAAUGAGGAUGAUUCGCCGGUCGGCAAAGCGGGUCAUGGAAUGCGCAAAUUUUUCGAAUUACGCUGGACUGAGUUGACUGAUAAGCACUCAUGAUAUCAAAUGCAUCACCACCUCAAGUAUUCUAGUGAUUAAGAGAAGCAACAAACAAAAAAAGCAGAACCAAUUAAUUAAAUAGAAAUAAAAAUAAAAUGUUGCAACAGUGAAAUUCCAAUUUAGUUGAGAAAAGGGAGAUUAAGAAAACAGGAAAAUGGAGAAUGCAAGCAAAAA